ACUAGAGCACUUCGGAGGAAGCUUCAUAGCUCACCAAGGUUAGAAGGACACGCCCUUAACUUUGGAAACGGUGCGGUGGAUGCGUGUGCUCGGCCUCGGCUGCCCACAUUACCGGCGGAGAGGAGGAAAAGGGGAGAGAUUGAAGGUGGUAACUUCUAUCAGCAGGCUCUCUCUUCGCCUUUUUUUUUUUUUUUUUUUUUUUUUUGCUUUCCUCCCUCUUUGGCGCAUACGCCGUCGAAAGCCCAGCCCCGCUGUAUUUACCUCCCCGUGGUCCGGUGACUGGGGAAAUCCACCUGCCGGAGAGCAGACACACCUCGGGAUGGAUGCCCUAAAAUCCGCCGGCAGAGCGAUUAUCAAGAGCCCCGGAGUUCCGCGGCACACUUGGGGAACUUCGAAGCACGAAAAGCUGCCAGAGAACUGGACGGACACCAAGGAGACUUUGCUGGAGGGGAUGGUGUUCAACGUGAAGUACCUGGGUAUGACACUGGUGGGUCAGCCUAAAGGAGAGGACAUGGCUUCAGCUGCCAUUCACAGAAUUGUCGCCACGGCAAGAGCCAGUGCUAAGAAGUUUCGGAAAGUAACACUGACGGUCUCACCAAAAGGCAUCAUCAUCACAGACACAGAGACUACAGACCUCAUAGAGAAUGUCUCCAUAUACAGAAUCUCUUACUGCACAGCAGAUAAAACUCAAGACAAGGUCUUUGCAUAUGUCUCUCAGAGUCAGUUCAAUGAGACUCUGGAGUGCCAUGCCUUUCUCUGCCAAAAGAAGAAGAUUGCUCAGGCUGUGACAUUGACGGUAGCCCAGGCCUUUAAAGUAGCUCUAGAUCUGUGGGAGAUUGCUCAAGAAGGCAAAAGCAAAAAGGCCAGGACCUGCUGUUCCUGUGCAGCAAACAACGGGCAGACCGAGACCACAGACACUCAGUGCGUUCCAGCAGAGGCACACAAGCCUGUUGGGAUGGAGGAGAAGCUCCGGAGGCCUGCCUUCUCUGCCUCGCUCAGCUCGCCCUCACCUCGUAGUAACCCGACACGGAGGCGACCAAUCAAACAUGACUCUUGGGAUGUGGAGGAUGGACUUGAUGAAGCGUUCUCAAGCAACAUGGAAGUAGAGAUGGACACCGACUGGCCGAGUCCCGCUCCAAACCCGUCUCUGACGAUGCAGCUCUGAGUCCCCAGGAGGUCUCCACUGAGGAUCUGUUGUCUAUCUGCAACAAUGAGUUUGAAUAACAAACCCCGGCAAUAGCUGCCCAAUUUAAAGCCCCACAAAAAUUAGACAGAAAUCAUACCACAGCCCCCCCCUCCAAAAAAAAAACCCAAACAAGACAGCAUACAUCAGGUGAACAGACAGAAAAACAUAUCACGCUCCCUGGUGCAUAACCUGAAUCAGAGAGGCUCUGUUUGAUAUUCUGUCGCUGCUCCCGAGAAGCCAGAAUGAAUACCCUGAUAUUAUAAACUGCUAUUUCUGGGAAUGCCUGCCAGUCAACACACACUCCACUCAGUGUAAACAGCUGUCUCCAGCCAUCUCCUGCUAUAUUCAGACGUUCACAAACAGCCAGAUGACAGGCAUGCAGUCUGCAAUGCAACACUGCAAGCCGAGCAAAAAUUAUAUAUUUCUACUCAAAGAAGUUCCUACAGGAGAUCAUAGGAUGGAAGACUCUACGAAGUUUGGAGUAAAACCUCUUUGAAUCAAAAUUUCUAAAAAGACUUCCACACAUGGGCUCCACUUGUAAAUUCUGGUGAUUUACUUUGCAUCAAAAAGUCCAGAUAUGUGUGUUAAUGAGGUUGCCAUCGCUUUCUGAAAAUGUGACUACCUUGUUGUUUGUCUGAUGGUGUAAAAGCUGCCAGUCUGAUCAGUCACCAGCGUUAGAAAACAUCAUCAGACGCUGGUAUGAAUGUUCUGUCAUGAUAUUGAGUGAAUUAUGAAACAGCAUGUGAUUACGGUAAUUAGACAUUCAUGCAUGCAGACACACUGUACAGAGUACAGUGCUUACAUUGUAUUUCCAACAAAUUAUACUUAAGCUUAUUGCUUUUUGGCCAGAAAUUCCCAACCCCACGCCUUACUUCCAAAGCUUUCAACCACAUCUCGUAGCCUUCUUUAGAAGGUGGAGUUGUUCAGUUAUCAUGGAGACGGUUUCUUACAUAACAGGUAGUGGAAUGGAGUAAGUGGGAGUUAUCAGAAGACAGAAUUAGUUAUAUAUAUAUAUAUAUAUAUCUUUUUUUUUAUAUCCACCUGGUCUCAAAAGACCAUACGCAUGAAGCCUGAGUUACUUUAUCUGCUGAGGAGGGCCACAAGUUUCAGUAAGUAAGUGGGACUUGUUUUUGGGUACUUUUAACCAAACUACUUUUUUCGAGGUCAAGAAUGACCCUUGAAACUAAAACUUCAAAACAGUGGCUCUUUUUAGUCAGUCCCAUUACAAGGUUUAAAGUUGUCCAUUCAGUGAAAUAGAUUACAGGGACCCCUCAGCAAUGCACUGCACAAACAAGUACAGUUAAAGGGGCUACCCCAGAGAUUUAGAGUUGCGCUUUCGUAAAGGUUCGGGGUCUAAGAAGAGACAGAUUACAAAUACAGUGAUAGAAGUUGAAGCAACAGAGAAAGAGAUAUCCUGAUAGUCUCUAGUUUGGGCAGAGCUCCAAAAAUCCCGGAUUGAAUGUUUCCCGUAAUGCAACGCGACAUAGUCUUAACUCACCACGACAUCAUCAGGGUUAUUUUAUUAAAAUUUGGCGAACUACGUCCAGAGCCACUGAAGACAUUAUACAAUUGUUUUCACACGCUGAGUAGUACUAAUCUCUGGAGUGCCCCUUUAAGGUAAACAAUUCUUUAUCUGUUUUUUUAAAAUCAGAUUCAAAAACAAAAAUUUACUGUUGUGGAUGAAUCGGCAAUCAGGAUUAAUCAUCCACUGAUAUCCCUUUGGCUUGCUUACUUUAUGUCAGUGCCCAUUUGUAAUAUAAAGAAAACACAAUCUUUAUGAGUAAACAUAACAGCAAACUUUUCUCUUGCAGAAACAGGCUGACAUUCCAGUAACAAUCAGUUUCCGUGCUGUCUGAGUUCAAUAUGACUUAUGUAACCAAAAUGUAAUGACUGUUUUGCAUUCUGUCGUCUCUUCAUUAAUUCAGCUGCCACAGUACAUAAAGUUGCUGUUACUUGUUAAAGAAAAGCAAUGAUGUAAGGCUAGGCCAGACUAUUAGAGUAAAGAAACCUAUUUCCGUAGGCUUUAUUUUUUCAAUGUCAAAACCGUGUAAUUUAUGUAUGCAUAUUGUAUCAUUAUAAAUGAAGUAGGGUGAAUAGAAUCAGGGCUUCAGGUUGUUUUUUAAAAUAAUUAUCACUCUUGUUGAGAUGUGACUGUGUAGAUGCUUGUAUGUUUUGCAUUAGGUAAGACAAUUUAUACAAAUGUAAUUGUAUGUGGUUUUUAUUACUGCUUUAUUUUUUCAAAAUAGCUGUUAGUAACCCAUCAACACGAUUAUCAAGAAAAGACCCUGUUCUCAGAUCAGUAAUCACGUUACAUUGACAUUUUCCUGUUACGUUCACAUUUUCCUCUCUUCACAGCAGUCUGUCCUGCCAAACGUCCUUUUUCCCAAAUCUUAUUACAGACAAACUGUUGGUCUGCACAGACUCUGCAAAUUAUAUUUAUCCACCACUUAGAUGACGUUCUCUAUCAAGAGGGGAUUAUAUUGUGCCCCGGUCUGGCCGUGUGCUGUGUAGUCAUGGCAUCGUGACUGAGAAUAGUUGUGACAACGGGGGCCGGCAGGUAGCGGAUGCUCUGUGUUGUUGUCAUGACACCCGCUGCAGAAUAAUUGGAUGGCUUAUCAGGUUACGCCAUGAAGCUUAAUUGCAUUGUUUUGUUCCCGACUGGCUGAAAUACCAGCUCAAUAGGCAUUUUUGAAAGAAAUCUCCGUACUGUUUGGAUAUCAUAAAUAGAUACCAGCAUGUCUAUGGAUGAUCUAUUGAGCCAUGUUUGCAUUUCAGUAUUGACCUUGAAGUUCAGUGUUAGCAGAGUGCACUGUCGGAAUGCAGUUUUGUCAUUUUACCGUUUCCUCACAAGUAGAAAUGAUUUUCGCCACAUUUUCCCACCGCUUCAGCUCCAUCACUGACUCACUGAUUGAUUGGUGUACUAUUAAGUGAUAUUUGGAGAUGGGCUGUUGUCCAGAAGCUCUCGGAAUCACAAUUGGUUUUCAAUUAUAACAACCAACAAAAAAUUGAGUUUUGAAGAAAAUUUACUCAUGCAAAUGUGAAAAGGAAUUGGACAGUAGUACAAAAUGAUCUAUAAGUGGCACUUUUAGAUGUUACACUUACGGUAGAUACAGUUCUCAACCAGUCUUUGCCCCUUGCAGUUGAUUUUCAGACAAAAGAAUCAGUAAAAUACAAUUUGAUUUUGCAGCCAAGCUCAUCUGGAUAACUUUGGAUCCUUAUUGAGAACUGAACGAAACCCUUGCAUAAAUUAUUUAAUGGCACGGAUCUAGCUUCUCAGAGUUUUGUUUCACGCUAGUAUAGUGUAUACAGAACACUGAUAUCGGCAGAUACCCAGCAAAUUUUGAAUUGUGUUCUUUGGCGCAGCUGAGAGUUUUGUUUGAGAGUGGGUACAGACUGCACUUGGAGGUAUAACAUGCCAAUUUGCAUCUGGAAGCACUGAAUACAAAUCACCCUGUGAGGGUCUGAGGCCUGAAAACAUUUGAGGCUUGAAAAAAGAAAAAAAAAAGAAAAGAAAAAAGAUCCACUGGGAAAAAAGCGGAGAGUUUUCAGAUAAGCCAUUAUUACCCAAAUUAACCACUGACGUUUACAGUAUUGGUCUACUUUUCAAAGAAGGUGCUUAUUUUCUAUCUAUGCAAUUAGUGGGUUUCCAACCGUGUUGUGAUAUGUUGAUAGGAAUUUGUGAAUAAACUGCAAGCAGUUGUCCUAAAUUGUGUAAAGAUUUGUAUAGAAUUUGGAAACUGUUUUGGUUUGUUACAUA